AUGAAGGUGUUAGUUGUUGGUUUUAUUUUUAUUGUAGAAAUUUUAUCGGUUUUUCAAUGCGCAAAUAUAUUGUUUUUUGCACCAUCACCAAGUAAAAGUCACCAGGUGAUGUUUCAACCAGUUUUUAAGGAGUUGUCACUUCGAGGUCAUAAUGUUACUGCCAUAGUGUGUAGUCCAUUGAAAGACCCGAACCUAACAAAUUUAACCGAAAUCGAUAUGGAAGUACUGUAUAAAAUAAUUUAUGAAGAGGAAAACGAAGCACGAGAAGCAAUGAAAAAAUAUAUUUUACAAAAACCAAAUUUCCUAACAGUGUUUUUAAAAGACAUCGUGGUAAAAAACAUAUUUCAUCGAUUUGGAAAGUACAUACUGAACAUGCCACAAAUGCAAACUUUUUUGAAAGAAGAUCAUAAGUUUGAUGUUGUGAUAGUUGAAUGGCUUUACCCAACAUUUGCUGCACUAGCUGCCAAAUACAGAAACCCAUCGCACCCUGUGCUAGCUCCCGACCAUGAUUUACCAAUGCCAAGGGAUUUGUCUCUUAAAGAAAGAUUGAUGUCAGGUUUAUAUGCCGUGUAUGUUAGAGUAUAUUACCAUUUGGUUGUUUUACCUAGAGAGGAUGCUCUCGCAAGGAAACAUUUAGGUCAAGAUAUUCCAUACCUUGGAGACAUCGAAAAAAAUAUUAGCCUUCUUUUGUUAAACAGAAACCCGGUAUUUCACAGGGUGAUGCCUGUGGUUCCUGCUAUAAUUGAGUUAGGGUAUACGAAUACAAAUAAAUCGGUCGAAAAAAUGGAUCCCGAACUAAAAGAUUUUAUGGAUAAAUCAAAGAAUGGAGUAGUUUAUUUCAGCUUUGGUUCUAAUAUCCAAUUAUUGGAAUUGCCGGAAGAUAAAUUAAAUGCUAUUUUUAAUACUUUCAAGAAUAUUAAGUAUGACAUUCUAUUAAAAAUUAAUAAGGAUACUUUAGAUAAUAAGCCAAAAAAUGUUUUAACCCGGAAGUGGGUUCCUCAAUCAGCCAUAUUAAAGCACAAAAAUACCAAACUUUUUAUUACUCAAGGAGGAUUACAGUCUUGUGAUGAAACUAUAAUAAAUCAAGUACCUGUCGUAGUCAUACCGUUCAGUGCUGACCAAACAACAAAUGCUGAUACACUAGCAAAAUAUGGUAUGGGUAAAUACCUGGGCUAUAAAGACAUUACAGAAGAAAUAUUAACCGAAUAUAUUAAUGAAGUAAUCACAAAGCCAAGUUACAAAAAAAAUGCAAUGAUGCUAUCAAAACUCUACACUGACCAACCAACUGACGGUUUGGAGAAGGCCAUCUGGUGGAUAGAAUAUGUAUUAAGGCAUAAAGGAGCUUCACACUUAAGGUACCCAUCAUCAGAUCUGCCCUUGUAUCAAUACCUCAUGUUGGACGUAUUGUUGUUAAUUGUUCUAGCUUUAUCUGUUUUAGUUUUAGUUUUAAUAAUAACUGUUAAAUUAUUUAUUUGUAUAGGUAGGAAAAUGUUUGAAAAAAAGACUAAAAAAGAAUAA